UCUUUUCUUUCUUCUCCCUCUUUCCUUAUAUUGCCGCCCCUUCAAAGUCUAUUCCAUUCCUGUCGUCUCUUUUUCUUCCAUCUUCAUCUCACUUCUGGGCGCCACACCACAGCCCUCGUCGCCCCCAAGCAAGCCACCGGCACCGUCACGGAGCUUGUCGUUACGCUCGUCCUAGCCCUCUUCCAGAUCUCUGUCGCGCCCCCACUGCGCCAGAUGCAUCAAAAUGACAACUUCAACCGCCAUUACCAAAGCCAUAAUCAAGCUCAGCCGCAAUGGUCGCUCCCUAUAUUCUCCAUCCUCAGUCUUCUACACUUCCUCCGCAGCUGAAUCUCACUCAACGUCCUCUUUCCAAUCUCCCGAGAAAGAAAAUAGGUCAAGAUUGUCAAAAUGGUUGCUGUUUCUUCCCGGAGCUAUCACAUUUGGUCUGGGCACUUGGCAGAUUUUUAGAAAACAAGAGAAGGUGAAAAUGCUAGAAUAUAGGCAGAAGAGAUUGGGAAUGGAACCUCUAAACUGUAACACUUUGUUAGAACCGAAUGAAGAAUUGGACUCUUUGGAAUUUAGAAAGGUCAUAUGCAGGGGAGUUCUUGAUGAGAAUAAAUCAAUCUUCGUGGGUCCUCGUUCAAGAAGCAUUUCAGGAGUGACGGAGAAUGGCUACUAUGUCAUUACACCCCUUCUGCCUAUCCCCAACGACCAAGAUAGCGUGCAGUCACCAAUUCUGGUAAAUAGAGGAUGGGUCCCCCGCACUUGGAAAGAUAAAGCUUUAGAAGUUGCACGUGAUGCAGAACAAUCUUCGAAGCAAGAAACCCACAUUGUCGAAGAGAGCGAAAGAAGCUCCUGGUGGAAGUUUUGGACAAAGAAGCCCAAAACAAUUGAGGAUCAUGUCCAAGUCGUUUCGCCUGUUGAAGUUAUCGGGAUCGUUCGUGGGAGUGAGAAGCCAAGCAUAUUUGUUCCCCCAAAUGAACCAAGCUCCAACCAGUGGUUCUAUGUUGAUAUUCCUGCAAUUGCUCGUACUUGUGGACUCCCUGAGGCUACUAUAUAUAUUGAAGACAUCAAUGAAAAUGUCAAUCCAAGUAACCCUUAUCCUUUACCAAAGGAUGUGAAUACCUUGAUUCGAAGUUCGGUCAUGCCCCAGGACCAUUUAAAUUAUACGUUGACCUGGUAUUCCCUAUCCGCUGCAGUUACUUUUAUGGCUUUCAAGAGAAUAAGGCCCAAAAGGAGCUGGAGAUGGUAGAUUUUUUACUGAUCAUUUGCAUACAGCAAGCUUUUUUGAGAUUUUCAAGUGAGGAAGAGCUCGGGAUCAAGAUUGGGGAAACGGGUGUUUUCAAAUUGGAUUUUUUGUACCCACCUUUUCUAAAGGUUACAAACCCGUGAAGGUCAAAGUUGAGCAAUACAUAGGAUCUUGUUACAACUAUAUGGACUUUACGUCUUUCCAUGAGGUUCUGGUGAAGGGCGAGGCCUGAACUUUUGACCCUUGACAGAGGGAUGAAGCUUUUGUUUUGUUCUCCCUCUUCCCAUACCGUUGUUGGUAGUUCAGUGAAAUGAUAAAGAAGUUACAGUUUUUUCUUUGAAGGGAAAAAGGAGUUACAGUUUUGGAAUAAUGUGAAUAAUAUAUUU